UGUGACUGAGGGGUGUUUCAAUAUUUUUUGACCUUCUCGGACUCUGCAGUAGCAGGCAGCAGCAUUACUUUAAAUCCAAUUAUUUAUACUCACAGCCACCAUGCCUCCUUUCCAUUUCUCCAUCUUUUAAAAAUUCUCCCUCACCCCACAAGCAAAGCACCCUUAACCUUUUUCGCUUCAAUUUUUUAUUUUUCAUUGCUUCCUCUUUUUUCUUUCUCUCUUUUUCUUUCUCUCUACCCCAUUUUGCUUUUCUGGGUUUCUGUGCUUGUUGUUGGGAUCUAUUUCAUAAUGGGUUUAUCCCAAGGACCCUGCACUGAUUCCAGGGACCUUUCCAAUGCACAAACCUCUUCCCCCUUAGUUGUAGAUCACUACUGUGACUACAACAAGCUCAAAUUCAGAACCUUGCUCAGAAAAAUGAUCUGGGAAUUCGGUCUUGCCUGUGUGGCCAACCCUUCCCGGCGCCGGAGGGGCUCCGAGAGGGGACUGGGCGAUGGCAAGAAGACGAAUUUGGAACACAACAAGGCUUGGUUGCUCGCGGAGUCUGGUGGGUGUGGAGCAGAAUUGUCCAAUGCUGACCCUCAAUCGGUUCACUCCUCUUUCAGGUUCAGUUUCUGUUCUCAGGUUGAGUUGGAGUCCCUCAACAUGAGUUCUUCCAGUGCUGCGACCGUUUUGAUGGUUAAUUUGGAUAAUGGGGUGAGUGAAUCUCGCGCCAAGGAAAUCAAAUGGAGGAGAAUGGAGUCCUUGGAGAAGAGCAUAUCCCCUGUGGCUCACUCCUUGAUCAGGUUCUGCUAUGGUGAAAUUCUCUCUGCUACUAGGAAUUUCUCCAAGGGGAGGGUGUUGGGGAGAGGGGCAUUAAGCUGUGUUUUUAGGGGGAGAGUUGGCCUUUUGAGGACUGCUGUGGCAAUCAAACGGUUGGACAAGGAAGACAAGGAAUCUGCCAAGGCCUUCUGCAGAGAAUUGAUGAUUGCUAGUUCUCUUCACAGUUCAAAUGUCGUUCCCCUUGUGGGUUUUUGUAUUGAUCCCGAGGAGGGUCUGUUUUUGGUGUACAAGUAUGUCUCAGGGGGCAGUCUGGAGCGCCACUUGCAUGGAAGGAAGAAGGGUAGUUCACCUCUUCCUUGGUCUGUGAGGUACAAAGUUGCAAUUGGGAUUGCUGAAGCUGUGGCUUAUCUGCAUAGUGGGACUGAAAGAUGUGUUGUGCAUAGAGAUAUUAAGCCCUCAAACAUUCUGCUUUCUUCAAGGAAGACUCCCAAGCUAUGUGAUUUCGGAUUAGCUACAUGGACUUCUGCACCUUCAGUUCCUUUCCUUUGCAAAACCGUCAAAGGAACAUUUGGAUAUUUGGCUCCUGAGUAUUUCCAACAUGGGAAAGUAUCGGAUAAGACUGAUGUAUAUGCUUUUGGAGUGGUUUUACUGGAACUCAUUACUGGCCGGAAGCCAAUUGAGGCAAGAAGACCUUCAGGAGAAGAAAACUUGGUGUUAUGGGCCAAACCUUUUCUACAGAAAGGGAAAGGUGCCAUUGAAGAGUUGCUUGAUCCUCAACUCAAGUGCAGUCUGAGAUUCUCAAAUCAAAUGGGUAGAAUGAUUGAUGCAGCAGCUGCCUGUGUCACUAAUGAAGAAUCUCGGAGACCUGGCAUACGUGAGAUUAUUGCAAUACUGAAGGGUGAAGAAGAGCCUCUUUUAUCCAGAAGAAAGAAAUCCAGUUUUCUUGGAAAUGGAUGCGUGAUUGAUUGUUAUUCUCAGUUACAACAAACAAAUAAUGAGAUGAAAAGUCACUUGGCUUUAGCUAUGCUAGGAGUUGCAGAGUUUGAGGAUGAUGACUAUCUCUAUGGUCGAUAAAACAUAUGUUGACAACUCUUCAAUAACCUUUUACUUUUUGUUAUGAUUGUGACUAAGAGUGCUAAAGAUUAGAUGUGAGCGAGUUAAAAUUGUAAAUAGAAAUAGGAGCUUAGAUGAAGAUUGUGUGUAGAUACCUUCCUUUUCCCUUUCCCUUUUCACAAAGGGUAACCUAAUAGAUUUUCAUUCAUGUUGUGAAUCAUGUUCAAUUCAUGUGGGGAAAUUUAUGAUUUUCAAUUUCA